GCCCCUUCCAACGCUGAGCCGAGAAAGAAUAGUUUUAAAGUUGGAAACAAAGAAAACUAAGUGAAAAAGUUUCCUCUGAACCCAGAGAUAAGGAGGAAUAGCACAGUAUGCUGGGCUCUGGAUUUAAAGCUGAGCGUUUACGAGUCAAUUUGAGAUUAGUCAUAAACCGUCUUAAACUAUUGGAGAAAAAAAAAACGGAACUGGCCCAGAAAGCAAGGAAAGAGAUUGCUGACUAUCUGGCUGCUGGGAAAGAUGAACGAGCUCGGAUCCGAGUGGAGCACAUUAUACGGGAAGACUACCUUGUGGAGGCCAUGGAGAUCCUGGAGCUGUAUUGUGACCUGCUGCUGGCCCGGUUUGGCCUCAUUCAGUCUAUGAAGGAGCUAGAUUCUGGUCUGGCUGAAUCUGUGUCUACACUUAUCUGGGCUGCUCCUCGACUACAGUCUGAAGUGGCUGAGUUGAAAAUAGUUGCUGAUCAGCUGUGUGCCAAGUAUAGCAAGGAAUAUGGCAAGUUAUGUAGGACCAACCAGAUUGGAACUGUGAAUGACAGGCUAAUGCACAAACUGAGUGUGGAAGCUCCGCCCAAAAUCCUGGUGGAGAGAUACCUGAUUGAAAUUGCCAAGAACUACAAUGUGCCCUAUGAGCCUGACUCUGUGGUCAUGGCAGAAGCUCCCCCUGGAGUAGAGACAGAUCUCAUUGAUGUUGGAUUCACAGAUGAUGUGAAGAAAGGGGGCCCUGGAAGAGGAGGAGGAGGGGGCGGGUUCACAGCACCCGUUGGUGGACCUGAUGGAACAGUGUCCAUGCCCAUGCCCAUGCCCAUGCCAUCUCCAAGUACUCCUUUCUCAUACCCACUUCCAAAGGGACCAUCGGAUUUCAAUGGAUUGCCAAUGGGGGCUUAUCAGGCCUUUCCCAAUGUUCACCCACCUCAGAUACCAGUUCCCCCAUCGUAUGAGUCUGUCGAUGACAGUAAUACUGAUAAGAAUGUCUCUUCUGCACAGAUUGUUGGUCCUGGACCCAAGCCAGAAGCCUCUGCAAAGCCUCCUUCGAGAGCCGUGGAUACCUAUGACAACUUUGUACUUCCCGAGUUGCCGUCCGUGCCAGAUACACUACCAACUGCAUCUGCUGGUGCCAACACCUCAGCGUCUGAGGACAUUGACUUUGAUGAUCUUUCCCGGAGAUUUGAAGAGUUGAAAAAGAAAACAUAGGCCUCCUAAUCCAGGCACCAUCCAAGUCCUGGGAGUUGAGACUGAGAAGUUUCUCCUUGUAACAAAGAAUCUCCAUGAAAUUCUGCUUCAUCUCUUAACCAUCACCGAGCCCUCUUCUUGUGGGCUCUCUUCCUGCUCUACCAAACUGUGGUGCUUUCCAGUUCCUGUUGCUCCUGAGAGAUGAAGGACCGGAGACACUGAGCCCGGAGCAGCCGACUCCGGGAGCCGUGCUUGUCUGUCUUCUGUCAGCGUGAGCCCAGGCUCUCUCCUCGCCUGUCCCACCAUCCCUCUGCAGGGGAGAGCUGACAGAGAUGGCUGGGCUGUGGAAGAGAGUACUUAGGAAGUGUCUCAGCCCUGUGCUGAGGUUCUAGACUUAGUACAGGUGGAUUUGUGGUGAGUGAGAAUCAAGGCUAAGAUGUCUAUUUUCUCAUUCUGAUAUGAGUGGGAGAGAAAAAAAUGACUCAGGAAGCCACUGUAACAGUUGUUGGAAGCUGGGUCCUCUCAUUGGCAUAUACACUACUCCUUGCUGCAGGGCAAUGUUCCACCUGGAUGCAGCUGCAAAGUUUAUUUGGAAAGUUGAAGGCCUCUCAGUUCUACUGGAUUCCCAGGGAGGCCGCUGUGGGCUUUUGGCUUUGAGUGCUGUUUCCCUUUUAUCAGAGGGCAGCACUGUAAUUUCCCGUUUUCCCCCUAGCAUGUUCUGCUGGAUUGUAUUACUGACAAAGGAAGGACAGGCCACAUGUUGGGCAGAAGUCAACAUUCAAGGCUAAGGUGGGCUUCCAGUUGCCUUAAUAGAAGUAUUCAAAUCUCUUGAAUAGUGAGCUGAAAAGCCUACAGGAGAAGAGGGGUUCCUGUUUUCAUUUGAAAACUUUAUGAUUAAGAGAACCUUUAAAAACUAAUCUCAUACAUUUUGGUGCCCAUGUGGCUGUAGGUGUUUGCUGCUUUCCUUGAUGGACAAUACUCUUACUGUUGUAACUAACAUGCUCCUUUACCCCUUAGCUAAGGCAUCCUUUCCCAUAGGGAUGGCUUUGGCUUCUGUGUAGUAUAUCUGUAUAUACCUGUCUCAAGCAACCUUUCUUUAAUGUUUUUGAUUGGUUUGUAUCUAAUACCUUGGUAGCUGAUAAUAAAGUUAAAAAUUCUA